AUGGCUGCCCGACUGCAAUAUUUCAUAGAGUCUCCCCGGCCAAGAAAAUCUCGGAAAACCGAACUUCCGUAUCUUAUAAUUCUUGCAGACGCGCCAGGGUCAGACUUGAUGAAGCGUGUCUUCACACGCCCCUUCUCUAGAACUCCAACAAACAUAAAUCUUAUCCUUCUCUUUCAAGACAGCGAACAAUCGAACCAAAGUCACCCGAUCGAUGGGUACACAAUGCAACAGGCUAACGCACUAGUCAAAAUGAAUAGGAAAUUGUUUGAGGACAUGAUUCGGGAGCGCACUAACCCUGAGUUGAACCGCAUCGUCUGGACAACAAGUCUCCAACGAGAGGUCAUCGACAAUGAAUCUCUGGACAAUGAUCUACUGCGCUUGCUGCAAGAGCCCUUUGAAAUGGUUCUUAGACGCUUGUACGAAGCCAUGGACAUCUCGUUCGUCCCGCAAUUCCCCCACGCAGGAUCUCCAUCCUCUACAUUAUACCUUGCACAAGCACACCGGUAUGAAGAUGUCAUUGAGGCAUCAAAGCGUUCGGAAACAUCGGCAUUCAAGCCAAAAGAGGAGAAGAAAGCCGAAAGCACGUCAAAUACGCCGAAAGAGAUUUCAGGCAAGACCAGAUGGGAAGAUCUGAGAGACCAAGCUGAGUCGCGCCUCGAAAGUGGAGACAACAAACACGCCCUUGCAAUGUUCCAAGAAUGCCUAAGAAUGGACAUUCCAUAUAACACUGCUGUUUGGGAAAUCAAAUCAGGUCUAGCCUUCGCUCGCUUGAUGCUGGGACAAUAUGUUCAAGCUGAGAAGGAUCUGCACCAGUUACGAGAUGACCUGAGGGAGUAUGAUAAUCAAUUCCUCAAACCAAGCAUAACAAAUACCCAUGGCGCUAUACUCCUGAGCCAUGCUCUUGCUCUGUUUCGAACUGGCAACUACGAGGAAAUGAAUUACUGUUUGAAUGAGAUAGUACUGCCUAACGAGUACAUGCCACUAUCUUCAGAGCAACCCAAAGAGCAACUAAAGCUUUGCAAACUUUCGGCUUCUGUUUGCCGACUUCGGGCUCUGGUUAUAGCUCACCGAGGGUUUCUUCAUUCCCCGAGGAUAAAUGAAGAACUAAAUGCGGCGGACAAGUGGUGCGGGAAGCUCGACAAUCUGAAGUCCGAGACAUCCAACGAAGCUGACACUGCGCAUGAGUGGUGCGAGAAGUUUAUAUACAUUCAGUCCUACGAGGGUAUCAGGAUCUCUAAUAUUCUCAACAAAGCCCGUAUCCACGUUCUUCAAGGGUGCUAUCAUCAGGCACUGUCAGUUCUACAACCAGCCUUGAGCGAUGCGAUAGUCAAGAUAGGAGAGACUAAUCUCCUAACUAUUGAAGUUGCACUCCUCAGUUCCUUUCUUCAAGUUGAGACGGGCCAAGUCCACCAUGGGAGGAUUUCGUGUGAGCGAUGCGCCGAAGUAAUAGAGAAAGCUUUUGGAAAUGAGCAUCCUCUAGCGCUAGAGGCAGAGUUUAUUUUAAUCUCUGCGGCGCAGCGAGAAGGAUUCUUGACGCUUGCACUGGACGAUUCUGCAUCUUUGUGUCGACGUGCCGAGUCGACCGCCAACCUGGGUCAUGGCCACCCUUCGACUCUUAAGUACCGGAGCCAGCUUGGCGCGCUACAUAUCGAAUGUGGCAAUUAUUCGACCGCUGAAGCUAUUCUGACUGCGGUCCAGGAGUAUGGAGUGAGACUUUGGGGGGAACGACACCCUGAGGUAUUAAGAGUCCGCUCUCAGCUUUCCCUAGCCAAAUACCACUUAGGGGCCCUAGAGGCUGCCGAAACUGAGACUUUUGCUGUACUAUACUGCCAGCUUCAAAAGUUUCUGCGCUUUCAGCGCGAUGAUCUUUGGCAGGAAGAUGCUCACUACGGUGUGAGAUCCUUCCUGAGGAAGUCAUUGCUGAAGGACAUCGGAGGCGUGUUCGCCACAUCAGGCUCGGGAGUCGCAGCUCAUCCUGAUAUCCUGUACACUUUAUUCCUGUGUGGAAAGAUCUUUACAAGGCAACCCCAUUCAGAACUGGACCUGGCACUCAGUGUCCUGGGGCUGGUACGUGAUGCUGGGAAGAAAAGCCUGGGGCGUUUCCACCCGCUGCCGCUCAUGGCUUGUUUGUCCAUCGGAGAAAUACAUUCAACAACAGCAAUGGUAAAGGCAGAUGACAAAGAACGCCAGGAACUUUACAGGAAGGCGAUCUGGUGUUUCAAUACUGUUGCUGGGGACGAGGCUCCAUCGUCAGGCUGUACCAACUUACUUGGUGAAGAAGACGCAGAUCAACUUGACCUGUCAGUACCUCUAGAUAGUGAGCACCCCAUCAUUCUACAUGCGAGGCAAGAAUCUAUACUGGCGAAACUACUUGCCUCUGAAUUCGAAAACGACACGACACAGGAUGUGGACUACAGCAGCGAGCUCAACGUCAUCUUAGCCGCUCAGCAGAGUCGUCCGGGCCGCAGUCAUCGCCAGACGGUCAAGACUUUGAUGUCAAUCCUGACGAUUGAGUUAUGCCUCGAAAAACCUUCAAUAGAAACUGUGACUGGAAUAAUAUUCGAGAUUAUGUGGAUUCUCGAGAAGACGGAUGCGGAACGCGAAAGGUUUUUGGAAUGUUUGCUUUUGCGAGAAAGGUUAGCAGGGGUCCUGGCAACUCGCCAAGACUUAUUUAGAAAGGAUUACGGGCAUUUAAUCGUAUUUAUUGAAAGGCAAAUUAAGGAGGCUGAAGGAGUAGAGGAUGAGUCGAUGAGAAAGAGUGUAGGAAGGGUCAAGGACCGAAUCUCUCUCAUGUCAAACAGUCAUGAUUAG